GAGGAGGGAGAGGGACUUUGGCAUAACCCGAGAGAGCUUUGGGGAGGAACAAAAAUGGCGGCAGAGAAGGUGGAGACAGUGGUCGCAGGGAAUUACUUGGAAAUGGAAAGAGAAGAAGAAGAAGGAGGAGGCAACACUUCUCUCUCUGCCAAGACCAAACUCUCCAAGUUCUUCUGGCAUGGCGGUUCUGUCUAUGAUGCUUGGUUCAGCUGUGCCUCCAAUCAGGUGGCACAGGUGUUGCUGACGUUGCCAUAUUCGUUCUCGCAACUGGGGAUGCUCUCCGGAAUACUCUUUCAGCUCUUCUACGGCCUGAUGGGAAGCUGGACCGCUUAUCUUAUCAGCGUCCUCUACGUCGAGUACAGGACCCGCAAAGAGAGAGAGAAAGUCGACUUCCGUAACCACGUCAUUCAGUGGUUCGAAGUUCUUGAUGGGCUGUUGGGGAAACACUGGAGAAACCUAGGGCUGAUCUUCAACUGCACGUUCCUUUUGUUUGGAUCCGUGAUUCAACUCAUUGCCUGCGCAAGCAAUAUAUAUUAUAUAAACGACAAUCUAGACAAGAGGACGUGGACGUACAUAUUCGGCGCAUGUUGUGCGACCACUGUCUUCAUUCCGUCUUUCCACAACUAUAGGAUUUGGUCUUUCCUUGGACUCGCCAUGACCACUUACACUGCUUGGUAUCUCACCAUUGCUUCCCUCCUCCACGGUCAGAUGGAGGGAGUGAGACAUUCAGGGCCUACAAAGAUGGUUCUCUACUUCACCGGUGCCACCAACAUUCUCUACACCUUCGGCGGCCACGCCGUCACCGUGGAAAUAAUGCAUGCGAUGUGGAAGCCACAAAAGUUCAAGAUGAUAUAUCUGUUGGCGACGGUGUACGUGUUGACGUUAACGUUGCCGUCAGCCUCGGCCGUUUAUUGGGCGUUUGGGGAUUUGCUCCUCACUCACUCCAACGCCCUCUCCUUGCUCCCCCGCACCGGUUUCCGUGACACCGCCGUCAUCCUCAUGCUCAUCCACCAGUUCAUAACGUUCGGGUUCGCAUGUACGCCGCUGUACUUUGUGUGGGAGAAGUUGAUAGGGAUACACGAGACGAAGAGCAUGUUCAAACGAGCGCUGUCGAGGCUGCCCGUGGUCGUACCGAUCUGGUUCCUGGCCAUCAUCUUCCCCUUCUUCGGACCGAUCAACUCCACUGUCGGCUCUCUCCUCGUCAGCUUCACCGUCUACAUCAUCCCCGCCAUGGCCCAUAUGAUCACUUUCGCUCCCUCUCCCGCCCGAGAGAACGCGGUGGAGAAGCCGCCGAAGGUGGUGGGAGGAUGGGUCGGAACGUACUGUCUGAACGCAUUCGUGGUGGUUUGGGUGUUCGUGGUCGGGUUCGGGUUCGGCGGCUGGGCGAGCAUCGUCAAUUUCGUCCGUCAGAUCGACACUUUCGGCCUUUUCACUAAAUGUUACCAAUGCCCUCGCAAGCCUUGAGCCUUUUUCCACUCGAACCCUCCCCCUCGGGUAGAGGGUUUGAUUUUUUUUUUUAUUAAUCUCCUCUUAGAUUUUUUGUCAAUUUUUAAAAAACCAACACUUCUUUGUCUAUUUGCAAGUAUUUCACAAUCUCCCUUUCUUUCUUUUUUUUUUUAUUAUAAUUAAUCUGGAUAUGUAUUUUUUUUUAUUUGGUCGUGUUAUGCAUGUUGUAUGGGCUUUUUUUUUCCUAUUAAGGUGUGAUGGCCAUUGCUGGCCAACCCUAUUACUGUUAA